CCCGGCAAAGUUUCAAAGCCUAGCUCUUGCAUGCUCAGCCAAGCCAAGUAACAGUCUUGCAUCUGAACCUUCAACUAUUGUUCCCAGAAUGUCUACCUACUAUAGUUCCUCUGCUUCUUAUGGUGGUGGUAUGGGUUUUGGAGGUGGGGGUGGCUCCAGCCGUGUGUCCUCCGGCAGCCAUGGUGGAGGUGGUGGCCGGAUGUCCUCCUCUUCUGUUAGGUAUGUCUCUUCUGGAGGAGGACAUGGAGGUGGUUAUGGAGGAAGCUUAGGAGGUGGGUAUGGUUCUGGAUUCAUCUCUGGUGGAGGUGUUGGCUUGGCUUCAGGAUAUGGUGGAGGUGCUGGCGGAGGCUUUGGUGGAGGCUAUGGUGGUGGCUUUGGUGGAGGUGCUGGUGGAGGCUAUGGUGGUGGCUUUGGUAGUUGCUUUGACUAUGGUGGUGGAGAUGGAGUCCUCCUUACUGGAAAUGAGAAGGUGACAAUGCAGAAUCUCAAUGACCGCUUGGCCAAUUACCUGGAUAAGGUGCGGGCUCUGGAAGAAGCAAACACUGACCUGGAGGUCAAGAUCCGAGACUGGCACCAGAAGCAGGCCCCUAGUAGUCCAGCUAAGGACUACAGCCAUUAUUACAAGAUUAUUGAGGAUCUCCGUGACAAGAUUCUUGGUACCACCAUUGACAAUUCUAGGGUCAUCCUGGAGAUUGACAAUGCUAGAUUGGCUGCUGAUGAUUUCAGACUGAAAUAUGAGAAUGAGUUGCACCUCCGUCAAAGUGUUGAGGCUGACAUCAAUGGUUUGCGCAGAGUCUUGGAUGAACUCACGAUGGCCAAAUCUGAUCUUGAGAUGCAGAUUGAAGGUCUGAAGGAGGAUCUGGCCUACCUCAACAAGAACCAUGAGGAGCUAAUGAAAGAAUUCAGCACUCAGCUGACUGGAAAGGUCAGUGUUGAGAUGGAUGCUGCACCUGGAGUCGAUCUUACCAAAACUUUGGCUGACAUGAGGGAGCAAUAUGAACACCUGGCUGAGAAGAAUCGCAGAGAUGCUGAGACAUGGUUCUUCUCCAAGACUGAAGAACUGAAUCGUGAAGUUGCCACCAACACAGAACAGAUACAGACCAGCAAGACUGAGAUUACAGAACUGCGGCGCACAAUACAGGGUUUGGAGAUUGAGUUGCAGUCACAGCUUAGUAUGAAAGCUGGCUUGGAAAACAAUUUGGCAGAAACAGAAGGACGGUACUGUGCUCAGCUAGCCCAGCUCCAGAACUUGAUCACAGCUGUGGAAGAACAGCUGGCAGAACUGAGGAAUGACAUGGAGCGCCAGAACCAGGAAUACAAAAUGCUAAUGGACAUCAAGACGCGUCUAGAACAGGAGAUUGCCACCUACCGCAACCUGCUAGAUGGUCAGGACUCCAAGCUGUCGACGUGGUCUCCAAAGGAUGCAUCCUACGGCGGAGGUAGCACCACCGUCACCUACAGUGGUGGCAGCAGUAGUGGUGGUGGCGGCGGUGCUGGCAGUGGCAGCGGCAGUUAUGGUGGUGGCAGCGGCAGUGGCAGCGGCGGUUAUGGUGGUGGCAGCGGUAGUGGCAGUAUUACCACUAGCACCAGCAGCAGCAAAGUCCGUUCCAGCAACUACUAAAUUUCCCCAGGAUCAGUGGUCUGGUUCCACCAGUUGUGUUCAUCUGUGGGAAGAACCACCUUGUGCUUUUUGUCUGCUCAAGAAACACAGUGCAUUCUCAAGAUUCCCGAUGCUUGCUAAGAGAAAUUGCCUUCUACUUGCCCAAUUGGCUUCUUGGCCACUCCCUAAUGGCAUCUUCUUACAAGCUUUGCCUCAUUUAUCACACCAGGCACACCUUUCUAUAACUUUCUCAAUGAUCCUAAUAAAGGAAAAUCUUUCUGCCUUUUUUUGCAAAUAAAUAAGUGUUGGCAUUUUUA